AUGGCCGUCGGUGUUUUGGGCGGCGCAUUAGAUGCCAGUGCAAGUGGCAAUACGACAUCGACAUCGACAUCCACAUCUACAUCGAGCGCAACCUCUUCAAGUGCUAGUAAGGCAACGGUUACAACUACCACAACAGCUAAUCCUUAUGUUGCGUAUGGAAAUUAUGGCAAUUAUGGAAAAUAUGGAAGUUACGAAGGUUAUAAGAAGAGAGGACAGAAGUAG